GAGAGAGAGAGAGAGUAUCUCGUAUUCUUGUUAACCCCAACUCCACCAUAUCAUUAGUUAGAUUUCUUCCUGUUACUCCAACACAAAUUGGCAAAACUUCACCCCCUCAAACCCCUCAAAUUAGACUGCCUGUCAAAUCUCUUUUGCCUGUGAGAUCUGUUUUACCUUUGAAAUCUGUUUUUCAUGCAAAAUCUGUUUUGCCGUACAGAUGUGUGGGCAAGAAUUGGAACACAUCUCUUAUAACAAGCUCUUUUUCUGAUAAAGAGCAGCUUCAUCACAAUGAAAAUCCUACCCGUCUCAUAAUACCCAUUUACAACGGCCCUGAUCCGACCACUACUAUUCACCUAUUUCCCCAUAAAAUAGUGCCUGGAGUGACUCCUGUACCUGAAAAGCCUAGUUAUUUACAGAUUCCUGCAAAACUAGAUGGAAUUAUUGGUCCUGUUGACGGCAUUUUUUUCUUGCAUAAAGAUUUUGACCGUAUGGCUCUGUGGAACCCGGCUACGAGGGAGUUUAGACCUCUUCCACGAGAUUUCUUCGAUUCGAUCCCCGAAACAUCUCGUCCAAUUAAUUAUUAUAAUAAUUACCUGGGCUUUGGGUUUGAUCCAUCAAGUCAUGAUUACAACGUGGUGUGUGUUUCGUUUCUUAGUGAUAUGGCUAAGCAUAAUCCUUUUUACUCAUUAAACAAGAACUGUUGGAAAUUCCUGGAUUGCAACUUCCACGCUGAUCCAUGGAUGUCAGACUCAUCGUGCUCUACAUGUGUGAACGGAUUUUAUUAUUGGCUCACAGAAAGUUACAUUAGUCCCCGCAAAAGCGGCGUCAUAAUACGUUAUUUUGACAUGCACAACGAAGUGUUUGGCGAGAUUCCAGGGCCUAUAGACUAUACAUCAAAUCAGCAUUGUGAGCUUUCUAUCUAUAAGGACUCAAUUUGCCUACUAGUGUAUCAUCAUCACAACCGUCAUGAUGAUGAUGAUGAUGAUGCAAUUCCUAUAAUUGAUGUAUGGUUGUUGAACGAUGAUAGAUCAUGGACUAAAGUUGUCAAUCUGAUUCCUACCAGGAUUGAACUUCGCAAUGUGGUGCCUACAAUGACAUGUUGGACUGUAGGAUUUUGGGAUCAAGAUAAGUUUAUUUUUGAAUCUGAAAAUGAAAUAAUACACUUUGACACUAAAACCCGUGAAUUUACACCUCUACUUGAUAAGCCUAAACAAGUGUGUGAUAGAGCAGCUUUAAGUUAUAAGGAGAGUCGAGUUUCAAUCAAAGGAGAUAUCUUUAAUCACAUGCAAGAAUUUUUUGAAGAAUAUUCCGAAGAUGAAGAUUGCAAAAAUGAAGAUUCCAAAGAUGAUGAAUAACGGAUUUGCUCCUCUCCAUUUCCACUCUCUCCAUUUUCCCCAAGUUCCUAUCUUGAUUGUUGACAUAUGACAUAGCUCAAAUUGAAUGGAAACUUUUGUCUCACAACAUGCGAAGUUCAUGAAGAAGUUGCAACAAGCCACAAAAAGAGUUCUUAUUGCUACAAAUUCCAACUAGUUUUAUUGCACUUUCUUUUAUACUCUUUAUUUAUUUAUUUUGUUUCAAAGUUUGAUUUUGCUAGAGAAUUCACUAUGUUGACAACAAAUUCUCAUUACAAAAUAUAGGCUACUUCCUAAUUCCUAUUGUUUUAAGUUUCUUUUUACAUAAUAUAUAAGAAGUAUUUAUUUUAAAAAUUAGAAUAUGUUCUCUCAUUGUCUCAUUUUCAGUUGUUUGGUGCAUGAGGUGAAGGGAUUAGAUCGAUCCCCUCCAAUACUAUAUUAGACUUUGCCACCCCUACCUAGUGGCGGAGCAAGAAUUUUCACUGAGGGGGUU